AUGUGCAACACCGCGGUAGAUCGGCUCCAAAAACCGAGAAUGUGUGCAUGGACUUGCGAAAAACGUAAUUCAAUCCGCAGGAGCAGUGUUGGCUGCUUCCCCGAGCCAAGUGGGACAAGACCAGCCGUUCUCCCUCCAUCUGCCGUCGCUGCUCGCACCGGUCCAGGCAUUGGCUCCAAGAUUCUGGCUUCUCUCCAUGGGACCCUAGCCCCUUGCGGCGGGACAAGCGCCAACGUCAGGUCCAACGUUGACGGCACGGCUGAUAUCAGCAUCCUCCGAAGGGGAGCGUUAUUGUACCUAGCCUACAACAUCAGGGCACAAGGCAUAGCCCUGCAGCCCUCCUCUCCUCCAGCUAUCCUCCCUCGCAACCCCUGCACCAGUGGCCCCAUCUCCUCCACUCCCGUCGCUGCCUCUACCGAUUUGGCAGCCGGUGCGGGUGCCAACACAGGCUCGGCAGGCGCCCAAGCCAAUUUUGGAGGCUCGCCGAACCUAAAUGUGGCUCCAGCUGGGUUGAUUUCGGAUGUGACCGGAGCUGUUUUUGGUGCGGGGAGGGCAGCGGGGAGUGUGGCCGGCUCUGCAGGGAAGGUCGCAGGCUCGGCAGGGAAUGCUGCAGGUUCGGCAGCAGGCUUGGUGGGUAGUGUUGCUGGGUCAGCGGUAGGCACUGCAGGAAAGGCAGCAGGUUCGGUGGGAAGCCUUGCAGGUUCGGGAGCAGGCUUGGUGGGCAGCGCUGCGGGCUCAGCAGUGGGCGCUGCAGGAAAGGUGGCAGGAUCCGCAGGGAACCUCGCAGGCUCGGCAGCCGGCUUGGCAACCAACAUCACAGGUUCGGCAAUCGGCACUGCAGGGAAGGCAGCAGCAUCUGCAGGCAAUCUUGCAAGCUCGGCAGCAAGGUUGGCAGCCAACACUACAGGCUCGACGGUUGGAACUGCAGGGAAGGUGGCAGGUUCAGGAGCAGGCUUGGUCAGCACUGUUGCAGCCUCGGCUGCUGGUACUGCAGGGAAGGUGGCAGGCUCUGCUGGAAGGCUCGCAGGCUCGGCUGUCGGUUUGGUCGGUAACUCUUCUGGUUCGGCAGCAGGCUUGGUCGGCACGGCCACAGGCUCGGCGGUUGGCACUGCAGGGAGGGCAGCAGGUGCGGCAGGGAACCUUGCAGGCUCGGCAACAGGCUUGGUGGGGGAUACUGCAGGUUUGGCCACCAGAACUGCUGCAUCUCUCCAUGGGACCCUAGCCCCUUGUGGCGGGACGAGCGCCGACGUCAGGUCCGACGUUGAUGGCACGGCUGAUAUCAACAUCCUCCGAAGGGGCGCGUCGGUGUACCUAGCCUACAAGAUCAGAGCACAAGGCAUAGCCCUGCAGCCCUCCUCUCCUCCGGCCAUCCUCCCUCGCAACCCCUGCGCCAGUGGCCCCCUCUCCUCCACUCCCCUUACUGCCUCGACUAAUGUAGAAACCGGUGCGGGCGACGACACAGGCUCGGCAGGUGCCCGAGCCAGUCUUGGAGGCUCGCCAAGCCUCAAUGUGGCGGGCUCUGCAGGGAAGGCUGCAGGUUCGGCAGCAGGCUUGAUGGGUAAUGUUGCUGGGUCGGCGGUAGGCACUGCAGGAAAGGCAGCAGGUUCGGUGGGAGGCCUUGCAGGUUCGGGAGCAGGCUUGGUGGGCAGCGCUGCGGGCUCAGCAGUGGGCGCUGCAGGAAAGGUGGUUGGAUCUGCAGGGAACCUUACAGGCUCGACAGCCGGCAUGGCAACCAACCUUGCAGGUUCGGCCAUCGGCACUGCAGGAAAGGCAGCAGGAUCUGUAGGCAAUCUCGCAAGCUCAGCAGCAGGCUUGGCAGGCAAUGCUACUGGCUCGGCGGUUGGAACUGCAGGGAAGGUGGCAGAUUCCGCAGCAGGCUUGGUCAGCACUGUUGCAGGCUCUGCUGCUGGUACUGCAGGAAAGGUGGCAGGCUCUGCUGGGAGGCUUGCGGGCUCGGCAGCUGGAUUGGUCGGCAACUCGUCUGGUUCGGCAGCUGGAUUGGUUGGCACUGCUGCAGGCUCGGGGGUUGGCACUGCAGGGAGGGCAGCGGGUGCGGUGGGGAACCUUGCAGGCUCGGCAACAGGCUUGGUGGGGAAUACUGCAGGUUUGGCCACUGGCACUGCUGGUAAGGCUGCAGGCUUGGCAGGAGGCUUGGUGGGUAACACCGCAGGCUCGGUGGUUAGCGCCAAAGGAAAGGCAGUUGGUGCAGCAGGGAAGGCAGCAGGCUCGGCGGCUAACCUUGCAGGCUCGGCAGUUGGCUCAGGGAAUCAAAAUUCCUCCUCUGCGCCUCUCUCCAUACUCCUCCGCUUUCACGGCCAGCUGAACGUCGUUGCAGAUCUGGUGCAGUAA